AUAGUAAUAUUAGAAAUCGCGUAGACCAGCGUAGAAGCCGUAGUGUUGAGUUCAGUUGGACGUAGUUUAUUUCAUUACUUAUAACGAGUAUUCUGUUAUAAAAGAAAGAAAGUAAAUUAGUGACAGAAUGACUGUCACCGAACUUAAUUCCCAACAAGAAUAUGAAGAUUACGUUAAAUCAAAGGAUCUGUCUGUUAUUCAUUUUCAUGCACCAUGGGCUGAUCAAUGUUCUCAAAUAAAUGAUGUAAUCAGUGAAAUGAGUAAACUGUCUGAAUACAAAGGGGUCAAAUUUGCCAAGAUUGAAGCUGAGAAAGUACCUGAUGUGUCUUUAAAGGCUGGCAUUACAGCAGUGCCAACAGUAAUUCUGGCCAAAAAUGAAACCAUAGUUGACAGAGUUGAUGGAGCCAAUCCCUCUGCCAUUGCGGAGAAAAUAAAACGACAUUCUGUUAGCAAAGAGUCAAUUCCACUGGAAGCAUGGAAACCACAACAGAAUCUUGAAGAUAGGCUAAAAAAAUUAACAAACCAAGCACCCUGUAUGUUAUUUAUGAAAGGAAAUCCUGCAAAUCCACGUUGUGGAUUCUCUAGAACAAUAGUCUCCAUCCUCGAUUCUUGUAAUGCUGAUUAUCAGUCAUUCGAUAUUCUCCAAGAUAAUGAUGUUAGAGAGGGAUUAAAGAAAUUUAGUAAUUGGCCAACUUAUCCACAAUUGUAUAUAAAUGGAGAACUGAUUGGAGGAUUGGACAUUGUUAAGGAAAUGAAUGAAGCUGGAGAAUUUGAGAGUAUGCUGCCUAAGAAGAGUUAAUGUAUGGGGAAUACAUGACAAUGAUUGAUCACUACUUUAAUAUCUUAAUUCUCGAAUUAUUUCGUACCAGUUAUAGAAAUAUUGAUUUGUUAAAAUGCGUAAUAAUAAAUAAAAUAAGUCGCACAAAAA